UGUUUUACUUGACAACACAAGGGGGAGUGUUCCGGCUACCAAAGUAUUAGUAGAAAAACCAUGAAGUGAAUUUUAUGGAAGUGGCGAGAUAAACGAAAGGGUGAAAAGGCGAUUUCGAAAGCCUUAGUGGAUUUUCAGUGGAUAUUCGGCUAAAUCUGAAAACACUGUCGCCUUCCCUGGAGCUCAGGACCUGAGCGCUUCAGCUCGCUUCAUCCAUCAUAACAUCUGCUACGCCUCCUCAACAGCUAGCUAGCUCGCAGAAGCUAAACCUUAGCUGAGGAAAAAAGGCGUUUCAAUAUUCCGGCUUACGGGACAGAAAUUCCACUUCAAGGAACCCUUCUGUCCAGGUUUCCAUCUGAUGGAGGAGUGGUUCUGUGGGAAGAGCCACCAUGUUUCCUUGCCAUGUGACCCCGUGGCCCUCUGCUGAGGCCCCAGCACCGUGUGGAAAUCAUGCACCCUCAGUGCAGCCGUCUCAAGCUCUGCCCGAUCUGCUGUGCAGCUGUCCUGCUCCAAACAUCCACUCUGAGACGCCAUCCCCAGACCCCAUGGAGUCUCUCAUCGUGGUCACGGAGUAUGAACCUACUGAGCCACUGGGGGAGCCUGAAGAAGAGGAGAUGGAACAAAUGGACAGCUCGGCUCCUCCUGAGCCAACUUCGUCCUCCGCAGCUGUCCAGGCUCCAUCCUGCGACCUGCUGUCCCACACAGUGGGUCGGCCCAAGGCCCUACUGCCCCAGAGCCAAGAACAAAGGGGCCGAUUAAGCCUUUCUGACCGGAAGCUUUCGCUGCAGGAGCGCUCACAAACUGCAACGUCCCCUUGCAGCUCCCCCGGACUCAACGGGCGUUACAUCUACCCAUCGUUACCUUACUCCCCCAUCACAUCACCGCAUUCGUCUCCCCGGUUGCCCCGACGGCCCACUGUAGAGUCCCACAGCGUCUCUAUCACAGAUCUUCAAGAUUGCGUUCAACUCAACCAGUACAAGCUGAAAGAUGAGAUUGGAAAGGGCUCCUAUGGUGUUGUGAAGCUGGCUUACAAUGAGGAUGACAACACAUAUUAUGCGAUGAAAGUGUUGUCGAAGAAGAAGCUGAUGAGGCAGGCAGGGUUCCCACGAAGACCAGCUCCUCGCGGCGCCCGAGCCCUCCCUGAGGGUCCGACUCAGCCCAAAGGCCCGCUCGAGCGGGUUUAUCAGGAGAUAGCCAUUCUCAAAAAACUGGACCAUCCUAAUGUUGUUAAACUCGUUGAGGUUUUGGAUGACCCCAGUGAAGACCAUCUGUACAUGGUGUUUGAGUUGGUGAAAAAAGGGGCUGUAAUGGAGGUGCCCACCGAUAAACCGUUCGGUGAAGACCAGGCCCGUUUUUACUUCCAGGAUUUGCUGAGAGGAAUCGAGUAUUUACAUUAUCAGAAGAUCAUCCACCGAGACGUGAAACCUUCUAACUUACUGGUGGGGGAAGACGGUCACAUCAAGAUUGCAGAUUUUGGAGUCAGUAACCAGUUUGAGGGAUCGGACGCUCUGUUGACCAGCACGGUGGGAACGCCCGCAUUCCUCGCCCCUGAAGCACUUUCUGAAACCAGAAAGAAUUUCUCUGGGAAGGCUUUGGAUGUGUGGGCCAUGGGAGUAACUCUCUAUUGCUUUGUCUUUGGAGUGUGUCCAUUUAUGGAUGAGCGUAUUCUCAGUCUUCAUCAGAAAAUCAAGACGCAGCCUGUAGGGAUUCCUGAACGUGCAGACAUAUCAGAUGAUCUCAAAGAUUUAUUGUUCAAAAUGCUGGAAAAGAAUCCAGAGACCAGAAUAACGGUGCCACAGAUAAAGGUGCACUCAUGGGUGACGAGGCACGGUGCCGAGCCUCUCCCUCCUGAGGACGACAACUGCUGUACGCUUAUUGAAGUCACUGAAGAGGAGGUGGAGAAUUCUGUUAAACACAUUCCAAGCCUGGCAACAGUGAUCCUGGUCAGAACCAUGCUUAGGAAGCGCUCCUUUGGGAACCCCUUCGACUGGGGCCGGAAGGAGGAGCGCAGCAGUUUGUGUGCUCCAGCACAAACUCCCACGAACCCAGUGAGUGGUGAGGGUGUGAGGAGCGUGAGCCUGCCCUACGUGGGAGAGGAUGAGGCUCUCUCCUGAUAAUAUGCACAGUGGCAUCGUCUUGCCUGCGACAACACAACUCCCCUUUACACUCUUGUGAACUGGCAAUCUACAGACUUUUUGUUUUGUGGAAGGUGGGAACAUAAAUUGAAUUCCUCAUCUAAGGCACUUUGUCAUCCACUUGUGAAAGAGCUGUGCAUCAGCGGUGAAACGUGGGACUAUCCCACAGGGACCUUCAAGGGGUUUGAUCCCCAUACCUUUUGGUUUUUGACUCACUUCAAACUUGUUAUCCUGCAUGCAGCUGUGGUCCCAGCAUGCUUCGUCUCAGGCUCUAACUGUACAGUUUCAGGUGGAAGUGUAGUUCAUCUUCUCGUGUUUCUUUGUCUCUACUUGACAGUACCUUCAGGUACACAGGGCUUGGGAACAGGGAGGCGUUGAUGGCUUAAGUGUAGGGAUCUUUGCCAUCACCGUAGCAACACUCUUUAGAAGAGAAGAUUUCCUAAAGAUCCACAGGCUGAACAUCCUUCAGAGUCCAUGUUUUGUAAAAUAUAUCUAUUCGGACUGUUUAAGUCAAAAUGAAGGAAAAAAGGGAAGAGAAAAACUGUUUACUCCAUAUUGAAUGCAUGCAUUUAUUUUCUCGAUGCAAAUACUACAUAAGCUAUUUAUAAAGAUCCACAAUUUGACCUUUUUCUUUAGGGUCCCACAAUCCAUAGAAAGCUUUAAAAUAUUUGAUGUAGUGUUUUGUGAACAAUCACAUUUACAAUUAUUUCAUCAAGAUGGUAGAGAAAAACAGCUUUUAAUAUUUUUUAAUAGAUUUAUGAUGACUUUUUAGGUGUUUGAUAUCACUUGAAACCGUCGGGCUGCAGCUAACUGAGUAUUAAAUGUACUGAUUAACUAUUGCACAUAACGAGAAAAAGUAUUAGUGUAAAAACAAAAACUGUAAAUUAUUUCUUAAAAGUUUUUAUUUCACAAUUUAUUUCUUUUUAGACACAUGCAUUAUUGUCAUUCUACUGAGAACCAGUUCAGCUGCAUCUCAUAUUUGGUUGAACUUUUCAAAGUAGAAUACUUUUACUUUUUUUUACCUAAUAAUUUGUCAUGUCAGGUUUAUAUCAAUUCUCAAAAAAUUAAUAUUUUAGAACACAAAGAGUUUUAAUUGUAAACCUUGGGGGAGAAAAGAUGUGCACUGACUCAAAACAGAGAAAGGGAAAACAGUGCACAUUCCCUUAUUUAUUAUGCUAAUCUAUGCAUGACAGAUCCACAAAAAAUAGUCAUGUUGUUAAAGAUUUAAGCUAGGCGACAAAAAAAAAGAUCCUUUAGGAGGACCUUUUAAUUUUUUUUUAUUUACAUUGCAAAUAGUCACCUUCUUUUAUUUCUCUAUGCUCCCCCUUUUGUUGUAUUUUAUUUUGAAAGCUGUUGGUGUAAAUAAAGUUACGGGCCGUGUCUGUAGUUCACACUGUUUUGAACAUUUUUCUUUUGAAAACUAUUUGUCCACUUCUGUGCUGACUGUAUCUUAAAGGGACUCUGUGUUUUUGUACUUCUUUCUGUGUUUGCAUGUUACACCUGCUGUAUGUCUGUUUCUACGACUCAUACUAUGCACAUGAUGCGUCUUUGAGGUGCCAUGGUACUUCCUGUCUGAUUGUACAGUGAGAACACUCAGAGGCUGUGUUCACCUAAUGCUUUUUUUAAUGGAAAAAGAGACAUGAAAAAUGUAGAAUGAUAAUGUUUAAUAGUUAAAUUAUUCAGAGUGCUAAGUGACACUGCCUCACCUCUUUUUUCAUGUACAAUAAAACUUUACAGACUUUGAAGGACACAUUGACUCUCUGGCCUGUUGAGAGCUGCUUUUUAGAUAAGAGGCAGAGAAAUAAAUUAUAGAUGAAAAAUCUACUGAAGCAUCAUCUGGUUUUAUUAAAAGAUUAUAGUUGAAGCAAAAAAAAAAUUGUAAAAAUUUGUACUGUAACAGUUUUUAUUAGUAUUCCUGCCUUCAUUUCAUUGAUUUUUGCAUCUAAAAAAAUGUGCAGGAUCUGUCACAAUGCAUGCCAAAACACUGUAUCGUCAAUGCAUGAGAGGUUCUUCACGACAAAAUGAGAUGUAGACAUUGAUCAUUCUUCUCAUUCUGUACCUUGGUCUUCAGAUGAAUAAAAAACAUGACUGCCUUUUCUA